AUGAAGAGGAAACAGAAGAGGUUUCUGCAGAUGACUUUGUUAUUCAUGGUGGCUGUAAUUUUCCUGCCCAGUAUCGGUCUCUGGUCUCUGUACAAGGAUAAGCACCUGGUGAAAUCGACGGAGCCCGGAGAGCAGCAGACAUUUCCACUGGGCCUGGGAGAUGGGCAAUUCUAUGCAUGGACAGAUGGUUUGAGAAGAAAGGACUGGCAUGACCAUGGGAGCAUUCAGAAAGAGGCUCUGCGCUCAGGGAAAGGUGAGCAUGGGAAACCUUACCCCCUCACUGAAGAGGACCACGAUGACUCAGCUUACAGGGAAAAUGGUUUCAAUAUUUUUGUCAGCAACAACAUUGCUCUAGAGAGGUCCCUGCCAGAUAUCCGCCACGCAAACUGUAAGCACAAGAUGUACCUGGAAAGGCUACCAAACACCAGCAUCAUUAUCCCAUUCCAUAACGAAGGCUGGACUUCACUCCUCCGGACCAUCCACAGCAUCAUCAACCGAACCCCAGAAAGCCUGAUUGCAGAAAUCAUCCUGGUCGAUGACUUCAGUGAUAGAGAACACCUGAAGGAGAAGUUGGAAGAAUACAUGGCUCGGUUUUCCAAAGUGAGGAUUGUUCGCACCAAGAAAAGGGAAGGGCUGAUCCGGACCCGACUCCUGGGGGCGUCCAUGGCCAGAGGCGAGGUCCUUACGUUCCUGGACUCCCACUGCGAGGUCAACGUCAACUGGCUGCCCCCGCUCCUCAACCAAAUUGCACUCAACCACAAAACCAUCGUGUGCCCCAUGAUCGAUGUCAUCGACCACAAUCACUUUGGGUACGAGGCCCAGGCCGGGGAUGCCAUGCGCGGCGCCUUUGACUGGGAGAUGUACUACAAGAGGAUCCCCAUCCCUCCAGAGCUGCAGAGGGCGGAUCCCAGUGACCCUUUUGAGUCUCCCGUUAUGGCUGGAGGUCUCUUUGCUGUGGAUCGCAAAUGGUUUUGGGAGUUGGGGGGCUAUGACCCAGGUUUGGAAAUCUGGGGAGGAGAGCAAUAUGAAAUCUCUUUCAAGGUUUGGAUGUGUGGAGGAGAAAUGUUUGACGUUCCAUGUUCUAGAGUUGGUCAUAUCUACAGGAAGUACGUCCCUUACAAAGUUCCAUCUGGAACCAGUCUGGCAAGAAACCUGAAGCGGGUGGCGGAGACCUGGAUGGAUGAGUUUGCCGAGUACAUUUACCAGCGGCGCCCGGAGUACCGGCACCUGUCCACAGGGGACCUCUCCGCGCAGAAGGAGCUGCGCAGACAGCUCAAGUGCAAGGACUUCAAGUGGUUCAUGGCGGCAGUGGCCUGGGACGUGCCCAAGUACUACCCUCCAGUGGAGCCCCUACCCGCAGCCUGGGGGGAGCUUCGAAACGUGGCAGCAAACCUCUGCGUGGACAGCAAGCACGGAGCCACAGGGACCGAGCUGAGGCUGGACGUCUGUGUCAAGGACGGUUCUGAGAGGACGUGGUCUCAUGAACAGCUCUUCACCUUUGGUUGGAGAGAAGAUAUUCGUCCUGGUGAGCCCCUGCACACCCGAAAAUUCUGCUUCGACGCCAUCUCCCAUAGCAGCCCGGUCACUCUGUAUGACUGCCACGGCCUGAAGGGGAACCAGCUCUGGGGACAUCGAAAGGACAGAACAUUAUUCCAUCCUGUGAGUAACAGCUGCAUGGAUUGCAACCCAGCAGAGAAGAAGAUUUUCAUGGCCAGAUGUGACCCUCUCUCCGAGACUCAGCAGUGGAUUUUUGAACAUAUUAAUAUGACUGUUUUAGAAAAAUUUAACUACCAUGCCAGCUCCUAG